AUGGGAUGCUCAGUCAUAUAUAGAGGCACAGUUAGAGAUCUCUACAUAAACCAGCCUGCACCACCACUUCUUCCACUUAUGGAAUCUAAAAAUCAAAUCCCAGACGUUUUCCCACCUACUGGCAUUAUAAAUCGUGACGACAUUCAAUUUUUUGAUCAUAAAGAACUGAUAAAGCAGUCCCAACUUAUCCACAUAUAUGGAUUUAUGAUGGCUUAAUAUUAUAUUGCUUAAAUAAGCAUGUAUUUUCUAUAAAAUUUAAGCUUAUAAUUUAUUUUUAAUAUAUUUUAUCUCUCUAAUUAGCAUAUAUGAUCUUACAAUUUAUUCAGAAGAUUACAUAAAAGGCUUUAUAAUUGAAUACAAUAUUGAUGGCUCUGUAAAACGAACAUCACACAUAAGAGGGCAUCACGGGAAAGAAGACCGGCUUAUAUUAGGGACAUCAGACUAUAUUCAAAAAAUAGAAAUCACAUAUGAUAAAUAUGUAAAUUCAAUUUCAUUUCAAACUGCUCAAGGGCAAAAUUUUUUAGCACAGGUGAAAUAGGCCUUAAUAAAUAUGGCUUUUUGCCGGGCAUUGCUUUCCAGCAAUGCAUCAUUGAGCAACACUUAUUUAUGUCCGGCGAGGUUUGCCAACAAGAAAUUGAUAGUAUGCUAGGUAAGCAAUUCUGGUAAUGUACAGAGCCUAGCUCUAGUCUGCUUUCAGGAUUAGAUUUUACCUCGAGGGAAAAGGGGGCUCAGAUUUGGAAGGGAAAGCUCAGCAGCGUCUACAGGUAAUACUUGACCAAUCAGGCAAUUUCUAGUGCGAAACUAAGAGUUACACAUCAGGCUUUGAGCUUUUCCUUUUUUACAGAAAGUCUAUUUUUUGGAUUUUUCUGGGACAACCCUUUUCGCCAUGCACAUAUUGCAGAAUUCCAUGGCAAACCGGAGCCCAAAACUUAAGGAGGAGACAGAAACAUAGACCUCUACUAAAUAGGCGUCAUGGCACGUGGAGUUCGAGCUGAUUUCCCAAGCGAAUUCAUCAUCCCAGCUCAACAAGUUCUCUAUCGCAACUUCGCAAAGCAACUGAAUCCCCUUUAGAGACCAUUGCUGGCUGCGUUACCAUAGGCAGCAGCCAAACAUGGACUAAGUUUUAAGUUUAUGGGUAAAAAAGGCCCUGGAUCUCAAAUUCAAAAUGUUGAUUUUACAAAGCAAAAAAGAGGCGUUGUAGGAUUUAAAGGUGAAAUUUCAGAAUUUUUAAGUGCUUUAUAUGUGUAUUCUUGGAAAUUAACUCCACCUCCGGUAAAAUUUCCAUUUUUUUGGUAGCCUCUUUUAUAGUGGAAUAAUUAAAAUAAAUAAUUUAUAUAUAAAUAUCGCUAAAAUAAAAAAUUUAGCAUAAACUUGCUAUAAUUGAAGUUGGGAAGUGCAAGUAGAAUAUUAUUGAACAAGUUGGCAUUUUAAAUCUAAAUUUUAUGAAAGUUAAGAAAAUGUAAUAUUAUUUUUAUUUCAAAAGAAUAAUUAAUCCUGUAUGAAAUUGUUUCAUUCUAAUUUAAUGGGGAAGUAAGAGAUCGCAUUGUUUAG